AUGUUUUUGUACCAACUUACUAACGCGUGGUCACAGGAGAAGGACUCUGUCGUGUUCCUCAAAGACGAGCCAUAUCUAUGCUCAAGACUUGUCAAUACACAACCAUUAUGCGCGCAGCAUCAAAAGAUCAAACCGUUCCCAUUGAGUGAUAUAAAAGACAUAAGGAUCCAGGAAGCAUUGAUUGUGAAGGACCUAUUAUAUGUGUUGCUAGGUUUAGAGGGUUCUUAUAUUAGAUAUUCAGAAAAAUAUGAUCCAAGUAUUCCAAGACUAAGACUAUUGGGACCAGACUACAAAAUCAACAAACAUUUAGACGCUAGUUUGAAAGAUGUGACGAAAAGGGUGGUCCAUUUAGCAAAGAUGUAUUCUGCACUAACGAGCUUCACAGAGUUUUACAACACAGAUUCUUAUGGGAAAGUGAUACAAUCUUUUGUUUAUGAAGUUAGACAAUUUUUGAAGCUAUACAUACGGUUUCUUGAUAAUAUGGAACAGAAUUACAAAUUCAACAAAGGUUUCAAUCUUCGUGUAUUUGAACAAGACCUUUUAACAAAUAUAACGGCCAAGAUGACACAUCUUUAUGAAAUUGUUCAAACAAUAUACAGAAUGAAUACAGAAAGAGGAAAAAUAUCAGAAGAAUCGGUAUUUGAUAAUUUUAUUCAAAAUAUACGACAUGAUUUGAAAAACACGGGCUCAAUUGACUUAUUAUCAGAUUCAUCAACCCAUUCUGUCGUUAAAGGUGGGUUAGUCUUACAAAUAGUACAAGAAAGAAUGGAUGAAUAUAGUGGAGAUUUGAAAUCAUUUGAAUUUUUGACACAUCUUCUCAAUAAUAUAAGCAGGAGUUAUAUUGAUAUGUUAAAUGAUUGGAUAACAAAAGGGGUGAUAGAUGAUCCUAAUAGUGAAUUUUUCAUAACCACUAAUCUUGCUCAUGAUUUUAAACUGAAUAGUCUCAAUUCUGAGAGAUAUUGGGAUUCCAAAUUUGUUAUAAAGAAAGAUGGUUUACCUAAACAGUUUCAAGAUCCUGAAAUUCAAUUAAAAGUUUUACUUACUGGGAAAUAUUUGAAUGUUUUAAAAGAAUGUGGUGUUACUUUGGAUUCAUUUACAACAGAAAAAGUUAGUUCAUUAAAUAACAACAACUUGUAUUUAAUUCUUGAGCAGGCAUAUCUAUUUGCAAACAAGUUGAUAUUGGAUUUGUUCUUUCGUGGAUAUGAUUUCAAGCAAACAUUGAUGAAUCUUCAACGUUAUUAUAUGCUCAACAAUUCAGCAAAUAUUUCUGAAUUUUUAACAAUGUCAUUGCAUGAGUUUAAGAAACAAUCAACACAUGCCUCAUUAUCAAGAUUGAAAAGAGUUUUUGGUACAGUUUUUGGCGAAAAAUCAGACCUUGUUUUCCAAUUAAUAAAUUUAGUCAUUGAAAAAGAGCCAAUUUAUAAUUAUUUACUUGAGAUUUUGAAAGUGGAGGCUAUUGACGCUGAGAAGGCACUCAGUGCAAAUAAUUUUGAUUCAAUUAAGAAUCUGAUUUCGGAAACAUUAGAUGUUGAUAAAGAGGCAAAUCAAGAAUCCAAAUCAACUGAAAACCUGAGAGCAAUAAAUUACUUCACUAUAGAUGUUAUUUUACCUUUCCCAUUGAAUCUUAUAGCAACAAGAACUGUUAUGAUUCAAUAUCAAUUGAUCUUUAGACAUCUGAUGAAUUUACAUUAUACUGAUAAACAAUUAGAUGAUACUUGGUUUGAAAUUAAUAAAAAUAAAAUUUGGAAAUAUAAGAAUUUUGGCACACCAUUACCAAAAUGGAUAACAAGAGUGAGAUCAUUACAUGAUCGUAUGAAGGAUUUUAUUAAAAACUAUUUUGGUUAUUUAGUAAAUGAUAUCAUUGAAUUCAAUUGGAAAGAAUUAAUGGUUAAAUUAGAUAAAGUUCAAGACUUUGAGCAAUUAUCUCAAUUAAUUCAAUCAUUUUUAAAUACAGUUUUGAAAAGUUCAAUCCUAACUACUGAAAAAUUAAUCAAGAUUUACGGAAGAUUAUCACAAAUUAUUAAUGGGUACUGUAAUUUUUUGUUAUCAUUAAGAAAAGUGUUAAUUUUAUUGGAUUAUGAUUUAUUCCAGAAGUAUAAUGAAAGAUUAAAAGGUCAAGAAUAUGAUUAUAAUAAGAACCUGGAAAGAAUGGAGAGGUUGAAUUCAUACCUUAAUGAAUAUUUGGAUAGUUUUAGUCAACAUUUGAAUGGGUUUAUUGAAGGUUUAAGAUAUUAUGGUGAGUUGGAAUCAUCUGAUUUCUUGGUGCUAGCUUCAAGAUUGGAACAUUCAUUUCCAUCUACAGACAAAUAAAUAAACACUGGCUCUCAGCUUACGUACAAAUGAAUCAAAUAAU